AUCAAAUGUAAUCCAUACCUUACCUAGAAGAUGAUCAAGUACUGUCACUGCAAAGGGAUUACUGUGACAGCAUACAGUCCCCUUGGCUCUCCUGACAGGCCAUGGGCUAAGCCAGAGGAUCCCUCCCUUCUGGAUGACCCCAAGAUCAAAGAGAUUGCAGCCCAGCACAAUAAAACCCCAGCACAGGUUCUCCCUCACUUCCAGAUCCAGAGAAAUGUGACUGUGAUUCCCAAGUCUGUCACACCACAGCGCAUUGUGGAGAACUUCAAGGUGUUUGACUUUGAAUUGACAAAAGAGGAGAUGACAACUAUUCUCAGCUUUAACAGAAACUGGAGAGCAUAUACAAGGGGCACAUUAAGUG